AUGAUAUUACAGGAACGUCUGGUCGAGAGAUUGUGGAAAUGUUUUGAGAGGAAAACCAAGGAAUUUCUGCGCAGCACAUCUUUGCAGGGCCUGAAAUAUGUGUGGGACAAUGAUUUGCCAGGUUGGGUGCAGUUAUUUUUCGCCAAGGUGUUUGUUAUCGUUGUAUGCCUGGCCGUAAACCUGGCCGUGAACGUGUUCAACAAAUGGCAAAGCACGCCAGUUAUCAUUGGCAUCAGUUCGACCAUGACACCGAUACAGGAUAUACCCUUCCCGGCGAUAACCGUGUGCAGCAUGAACAAGGCGAAGAACUCAAAAGUGGCCAACUUUCGACCAGGAACCUUAGAGUAUGCGAUGCUGCAGAAGACUUGCAAUCAGGAUUUCAAUUUUACGGAUUAUAAAUCAUUGAGACCUCGCUCCAAGAGCGAUACGUACGCGAAGUUCAUCGUUAACGUGUCCCACAAAUGCGAGGAGCUGAUCGUUUCGUGUAUUUUCGGACAGAAGAGCCUGCCCUGCACCGAUCUCUUCCGAGAGUUUUUCGUUGACGAGGGCCUAUGCUGCGUGUUCAACUUCCUCCAUCCGUACUAUAUAUACAAGCAUAGUGCAUCCUCUAUACGGGACUACACGUCAUCCAGGGGCCUCACAGACAUUGCCGUGGACUGGAACCCCAUUAGCGGCUAUCCAAAGCAUCUGCCAGCGGGCUUCUAUCCUCGUCGGGGCAUUGGCAUAGGCCUGGCCAAUGGUCUUCAAAUUGUGCUCAACGGGCACACGGAUGAUUAUUACUGUUCAUCCACAAAUGGGCAAGGAUUCAAGGUGCUCUUGUACAAUUCGAUUGAUCAGCCGCGUCUCAAGGAAUCCGGCCUGCCGAUAAUGCUCGGCCACGAGACGAACUAUAGGAUCGUGCCGAAUAGCUAUGAGGCUGUGCCCAGCAUACGUAGCAUCGAUCGGAGCAGGCGCCAAUGCAUUUUCAGCGACGAACAGGAUCAGGAGCUGCUCUUUUACAAGUACUACACACGCCGGAACUGUGAGGCCGAGUGCGAUGCGAUGUACUUCUUGAGGCUCUGCAACUGUAUACCAUAUCAUCUGCCGUUGAUCUAUCGGAAUGCCACCGUCUGCCAUGUGAGGCACUUUGACUGCCUGAACCGUGCGGAAUUGGAGAAUGUGGAUGGCGAGAGUACGGCGUGCAAGGAGCAUUGCCUGACCAGCUGCCACGAUGUCACAUAUUUUCCGAAUCCAUUCGCCAUACCCACAAUGCCCUUUAACCAGCAGGGUGCUCGGGUUAAGAACGAGUACUUCAGCAAUUUCUCAACGGAUUUCAUUCUCAAGAACCUGGCCAUUGUCAACUUCUACCACGAUGACAACUACUUUCGCAGCUAUGUGCGUUCCUCGUACACAGGCCCCACAGAAUAUAUGUCAUUAACCGGCGGCAUUAUGAGUCUAAUGUUUGGUUUCAGUGUAGUUUUCAUGUCGGAACUGUUCUAUUUCAUAUUUCUGCGCUCACUCUUCGAGUACAUCCAGCUUUGGUGUACGGCUCGUCGUAAUAGAGUCAACAUAUUAGACGCAAAUCAAUAA